UUAACCUGACUUCUUACUAAUUCCAUUAUUAUGAAUGAAACGUAUCAUUUUAAUUUAUUAUAUUGAUAUUUAGAAAUGGAAGAAAGAUAUUUUGGAUGGGAUGAAAUUUCUGAUGGAUUACUUUUAUUAAGUACACAAAAGACUGAGGAUGAGCAUACCAAAAAGACUAAACUACAAUCUGAUCCUAAUCAUGUAUCAAAGGUAUAUUGUCCGCACUCAUACUUGAUUUUAAAUUUCCAUGAAACCUUAAGUCAACGUGAUAAGCUCAGAUUUAGGAAAUAUUAUUUAAGGAAGGUAGCUCCAAAUGAACCAAAUGUUAUUAUUUUACAAGAUAUAAAGGAUCUUGUAAUGUAUUUAUUAAUCAGUCACAUAAGUCCUCAAUUUGUGAAUUUCUUCUAUUUAUCAAUAGUGGAUCGCUUUUUGAGAGCUGCAAUACUUUAUUUCCAAUAUUAUGUGAUAACAUGGGAAGAAUUAAUGAAAGAACGUACAGCUACUAUGAAAAAAGCACCAAAUCCUUUGGCUCAGGGCUAUAGAUAUAGAUAUGCAGAAGAAAUGCAAAUUCUUCGAUGUGUCUUAGGUAGAGAAUAUGCUGAUUUAAUAGUAGGUUGUCAUGAUGUUAUACAAUAUCAUCAUAUGACUGGUGGAAAAAAAGGAGCUCCAUCUGUGACACAAUCUCAAGGAGAAAAGGAUUUACGAAUAUUUGAGGUAUUAAUCUGUAUGACACAUCGUAUUGUCUGGAUAGCUUUAGAACGCAAGUAUUUCAGUUUGAUUGAAAUGGAAUUGCACAGAUUAUUUAGAACUGAAACAUAUAAUAUAGCAGAAAGACGAAGUCAUAUCAUUCAAGAUAUGUUACCUAAUGAUAUCCAAGUAUUACAAGGUCACAAAAUACAAGUAAAAAGAAAAUUAUUAAGAAAUUCACCCUUAAUACAAGGAUUAAUAUACUCAGAUUCUGACUAUCGUCUUCUAUCUUUAGGAAUAGAGGACAAUUCAAAUGACGAACGCAUUCUUUAUUUGAAAUAUGCACUUGUUGCUAGAGAAGAUAAAUUACACGAACUGGGAAUAAAAGUAGGAAUUUUAGGAGAAAAUAGAACUAAUUAUGAUAUCUUACUAAUGCCUCUAGAAGAAAAAAACGAAGAACAAGACAGAACUCAAUUAUCUGAUAGAAGAAAACAUGAAAAAAGAAAAAGUAUUAAGGAUACAAUGCAAGAUACACAAAUAUCUAUAAAAGUACAAAGACUUCCGUCUUUUCAAACCAAACCCGACCUAACACAAGACUUUUCAACGAGAACAAUUAAUAUUUCACCAAAAGGCUACAAAAGUGCGCGUCAAAAAGCAAGGAAAAAGUGGCUGAUGAGAGAAAUUAAACGGCAAGGAUAUAAAGAAACGGAUACAUACUCAAUAGCAACAAUGAUAGAUCAAUAAUUUUUUUGAAAAUAAAUUAGGAAUUAUAAGCAUAUUUGUGUCAUAAUAUAAAUUAUCAUAAUUUCAAUAACAUU